AUGCGCAGUGCCGUGAAAGUUGGGAAUGCGCCGAGCGCGCUCGCGACGGUCGCCGACUCAACUAGCGCGUACGUGUACGUGUGCGUGCGCGCGCGUGUGUUUGUGUUUAAAUACGUGAUGUUUGUAAAUAAUAAUAUUAGUGAUCAAUCGACCGACCGACUGCCGGAAGCGGUGGUCGUGUUUUGUUUUUGUUUUUCCCUCAAAGUGGCGGUGCGCGUAGUUAUAUGUAUGUGUGUGUGUGUGAGGGGGUGUGGUAGAUCCAGACUGGUACGUGCAUUCAAGGCCAUUGCACUGUCGCUGCUCUCAAACGACUCAAGAUUGAUAAGGCAGGAGUGCCGUAGUGAUCUCGGACGUGCCGCCUCGGGCAUGGUUGUAUUCUUGCCCCGGCUGGGGCGGUGCCACGCUGGUGUGAGAUACCUGCCGACGGUAGUCUCGCACAGGAGUAGGUGUUUUUCCGUAAGGGAAGAACGCGGAGACGGGGAAGACCAAGGGCUUUGGGUUGUCUCCGGCUUUAUAGAAGCUUUUCACUGUUAUAACAAGCGAGGGGGUUUUCUUGGAGACGGUGGGAGAAACCUCGUCGCGUGGUGCACAAAACUUGGGCGGCCUAGAAGUGCAUAUGCGAGCCAGGCUCGCGAGCUGGAAGUCAUUAGUUUGACUGAAGCUGCGGAUUUUUACUCGCAUGGCUGUGUGCUGCCCACGAUUCACGCGCCGAUUCUCAAUCCGAUAAGAUCGCUCAGCGAUCGAGGCAACGCAGCCGUUGGUGGCCAGAACGGACUUUUGUGUCCCAGCGUGAGUCCGGUCACGGAAGCUAGCUUUGAACGGAACGCCGAAAACGUCUGGCACGAAAGCUUGGUGAGCGAGGCAGCGCUCCGGCUCCACUCGGGGGGGGGGGGGGGCCUCAUGUCACACACACAGUUACCUCGUCACCUUGAUCCUCUCCAUUCUCAACCUGUCCAACGGCAGCUGCACCCGGAUGGAAAGGAUGGGAUGAAGAGGAUUGGGAAGGGGAUGGGGAAAGGGGAUGGCGAGGGAGAUGAAAGGGAAGAAGAAGGGGGCGGGCGAGGGGAGAUAGGAGGGAGAUGGAGAUGCGGAGGGGGGCGGAAGGAUGGGGAGGGGGAUGGAAGGAUGCAGGAGGGGGAUGGAAGGAUGCGGGAGGGGGGAUGGAAUGAUGCGGGAAGGGGGAUGGAAGUAUGCGGGAGGGGGAUGGAAAGGAUCGGAAGGGGGAUGGAAGGAUUCGGGAGGGGGAUGGAAAGGAAUUGGGGGAUGGGGGAUAGGAAGGACGGGGGAAAGGGGUGGACACGAACCGGCGGGGGAGGGGAUGAGGAAGGGAAAGGAAUGAAAGCAUGGGCGGAAAGGAAUGGAAGGAAAAUGGGGAAGGGGAUGGAUUGGGGAGGAGGAUGGGGAACGGGAGGGGGAAUGGAUGGGGGGAUGGAUGAGGGGUGGAAGGAACGGGAAGGAUGGGACAUGAGGGGAAAGGAGGGAUUGAAGGGGAUUGAAGGGGAUGUGAAGGGGAUUGAAGGGAUUGGCAGGGGAUUGAAGGGGGGAUUGAAGGGGAUUGAAGGGGAUGUGACAGGGGAUUGGAAGGGGAUUGAAGGGAUUGAAGGGGAUUGA